AAUUAAUAAUAAAUGGAGAUCUUGUUUGGAAAGAAGAGAGAGAAGAAAGUUUUGAGAGACCCGAGGGAAAUGUUUCAUAGUUCAGAGAAAGUUGUAGAGAAGUUGAUGCAGCCUACCCAGAAGAUUCAUGUUUAUACUGAGGAUGACCUUAUUAAAUAUCUGAACCAAAGCUUUGACUUAAUGGCUGAGAUUGAUAAAGAAAUGGGAGACCUAGUCAAGAUAUCAGACUACCCUAAUUUUGAACAGAAAUGUGCUGAGUUCGACCGCCUGUGAGUGGAUAUUAAAGAGUUUGUCAAUCUUUCAGUCGACAAUUUGACUCAUUUCAGUUCGUUCCAUCGACUGGAAGAUCUUAAAGAAGAAAGAGAUAGAGCUGAAGAUAUGCUUGGAAGUCUUGCAAUGUUUGGAGAAUCACUUCAUCAUUCUAACAAAGAAGCUGACGAGUUAGAUCAUGCGCCUGGAUUUGACGAGCAUGGUUUACUGUUGUGUGAAGACGUUCAUGUUGAUCGUGAAGAGUUUGAAGAAGCUAAAAGCAAAGGAAUGUUCAAAGGUUUGUCUAUAGAUUCUGAAGAAGUAAAAGAAUCAAUCUAUGAAAAAGAUGCAGACAUGCUCACAUCUGAGAAUCAGAAAAAUUUAAACAAGCUCAUAUUGAAGAGAAUUGAUAACAUGAAGAUAUGUGCUAAAGAAAGAAACCCUCUCGAAGGUCCUUUACAUCAACAAAGAGUCAAGGAUAUCAGGGAAGGUAAAUUUAAAAUAUGUGUUCCCGCAGUUGCUCUAACCUUCAAGUAUCUGGUUGAUCUGUUUAAGAUCAUAAAGAAUACCAUGAAAGAUGCCAUUGAGAAUAAGAAAGCGUCUUCAUUCAAAACUUUCAUGAUCUACGCCUCCAAAUUCUCGCUCAUUUCUGAAAUCUUAUUCGCUGCUUUUUAUGCUAAAGAUGAUAUGCUUUACAAAGAUCUUUCAGACGAAAGCUGGGAGAAGUUCUUCAAUGUUUAUGAUUGAUACGAGCCAAAAGAUCUUACUAAGUUUAACUAUCAGUACCAAACUCUAUGUGAUUUCCUUGCUCUGGGUAAUGCUUUUAUAUCAAAAGCAGGCAAUCACAGUAACGCUUUUUCAGAGUUUUUCGGACAGGCAAGAUAUGCUGCAUAUUACCUAUUCUUCAAGAAAGAAAGGAAGGAACAGUUUGACAUGUUCAUGAGCAACCCUGACAUUGACUUAUGCCUGAAGGUAUACAAUAUCCCAGAGACAGACUUCAUCCAGACGAUGACUGAAGUAACCUUGCCCAGCAUACAGGUGCACAAAGUUGUAUAUCUUCCAAUGCUUGAAGAGACUCUUACUCUGAAAAAUCUGAAGGAGACUGCUGAUAACUACCAAGAUUACCUGGAGAAAAAGUCCCAAGGGCUCCCUGAUCAUGAAAUCUUAUAUGAACAAAAUAAAGAGAAAGAAGAGAAGAAGACCAUCACUAAAACUUUGAUGGACAUCAAACAUCCUGCUUCCACCUCCUUGAGUGUUUUCCAACAUGAUUUUGCAGAAGAAUUUGAUGAAAAUAAACAGAGUCAAUUCUUGACAGACCCAAGUCUUUACAAUCCAGAAAAGAAUGUGAUGGUCAGGGUGCUCUCUCCAUUCAAAUUUCCAGUCAACUGGGAGACCAGGAAGGUUGAUCAGACUAUGAUUGAGCAAGCAAAUAAAAAUCAGGAGGGAGGUUCAUUCUUCUCAGCAAUUACAACUACAACAGUCAAGUUGAAAGAAGGACUAGCUAGUGUCCAAAAUCCAAAAUUUUGGAAAUGGGGAACCUCAUCUGACAAUGCCAAUAAAGAUGGUUCUAAGCAGAACGAAGAAGCCAAGACUCCAGUAAAAGAAUAUAUCGACGUCGAGGCAAUUAUGGUUCACAUUCAUGGUGGAGGAUUUAUAGCAAUGAGUAGUUCUUCACAUCAGAAUUAUAGUAGAAAAUAUGCAAACGAGCUAGGAAUCCCUGUAUUUUCAAUCGAUUACAGACUUGCUCCUGAGAAUCCAUACCCAGCUUCUUUAAAUGAUGUCUGGCAAGCUUACUAUUGGUUGGUAACUAACUGCACUACCCAGUUCGGAAUCAAGCCUUCUAAAAUAAUUGUUACAGGCGACUCAGCAGGAGGAAACUUAACUUGUGCCUUAACAAUGCUAUGCAUUGAGAAGCAUUUUAGAGUUCCAGAUUUUAUUCUCCCUGCAUAUCCAGCAUUAAACCUAUCUUUACUGAACUUCUCUCCAAGCUUGAUUCUGUCACUUGAUGACUAUAUUCUACCUUCAAGUUUUCUGAUGCUUUGUGUUGACUCUUAUGUCAAAGGUGCUGAUGCUGAAAAUGAUCAUUUCCUGUCACCAGGGAUCUGCCCUCAGAAUGUGCUUGAGAAGUUCCCUCCGACAAGAAUAAUGACAGCAGGAAAUGACCCACUAAGAGAUGAGCAAUACAGAUUUGUUCUGAAACUGAUUGAUGCUAAUGUUGAUGUCAGAUGCAAAGAAUACCUUCAUUUCCCUCACGGUUUUGUGAGUCUAGACCUUCCAAUUGGAGGCAUUGAAGAAUGAAGAAAUUGAAUAGAUCAAGCUAUUGGUUACUUUAAAGAAAGUCUUGAUAGAGACCCUCUAGAAUACGAGCACUUAUCAAACUCAGGAACUCUAGUCGAAGGCAGGCCAGCCAGCUUUAAGAAACCCUCUAAAAGAGCAGAGAAUAACUCAGAUGAAGCCAACAGUGAUAAAGAAUCAUAAAUAUCUUCAAUCGA